AUGGCAUCCAUACUUCCAUUCAUUGGAUGGGCGAUUCUUCCAAAUUACGCCACGUCCUUCCUUCAAAGCGUAUACUAUGGCAUCACUAUCCGAGCAGGCGAUCCCCGGCCCAUGCCUCAAACCCCCCGUUUCGAUCGCGAUCGGCGUCGCAUAUUCAUCUUUGUGAUUAUCAGCUAUCUGUUGUACACUCUCUACGAAACGUUCCACCAAGUCCAAGUCGCAGGCGACUACUAUCAGCUGCUUGGUGUGUCACCAUUUGCCGAUGAGCGCACGAUCAAGUCUCGGUUCCGCAAAGUCGCAGCUCAAUUCCAUCCGGACAAGGAGACGCUCGCCGAUCCGGUGAAGCGGUUUGCAUAUGACCGAUUUGGGCCUGAUAUGAUGAGUUGGGGAGAUUUGAAGACGAUGCGAGAGUACGUGACGACUUCGCUGUCGAAGGCGGUUCUACCGCAGUACAUCGGGGGCUUUGCGACAAUGGUUGUGUUGAAUUGGUUAUGGUGGGCGAAUUGGGGUCGCUACUGGCGCUUCUACACCUUCGCUGCUAUGCUCACCCUCGAACUCGGCCUCAUCACCCACCCUCAAGCGGUCUUCAUGCCAACCAAGUACCUCCCCGCCGUUCUGCGUGCCUGGAUUCCAGGAGAAAAAUCCUUUUACCUCCUCCCCUUCCAGAUCCUCACUCUCGCCCGCCGAGCCUCCAUCACUCUACACAUCUUCAUCUCGCAAAUGGCUCCACCCAAUGCCCCCGCCAGCAAAGGCGAUGCUCUCUCCCCGCAGACCAUGCAAAGACUGGGCCAGCUGGUGCACUUAUCGCAGGGCACGGACUUCGAAGCCACGCGACUGAUGCAGCUGGGCCUUGCACCGUUCCGAGGUGAUCGUGAGAGUGUGACGGCUUUGCGACGGGGAAUGAAAGAGGGAUUGAUUAUGGGAGGUGUGAGAGCUAGUCCCGAAGUACAACGGGCGGUUGCGCAGGUCAUGGAAAGACGAAAAGCCGCGAGCGGGGAUAUGGUAGACUGA